AUGGGUGCAGUAUCAGCCAUUUUCCUAAUCCUCAUCACAAUCCUCGGUUUGUCUAACCCCCCAUUGCCCUGCCCUCUCUCGAACUAACAAAGCUACUCAGUCCCGCCCAUUGGCGUCUUCAUGGUCGCAGGCUGUGGUGCAGAUCUUCUCAUCAACAUCCUCCUUACCAUCCUUGGGUAUGUCCUUACUUUCUCCCUCCUCCAUUUCCCUUCCCCUUCCCCUUCACUUGCAAGCGCAGACUCCGCAGUGAGGUGUAACGUUGCUAACAAAGAAUAGAUACCUACCCGGCCACAUCCACGCUUUCUACAUUGAAUACAUCUACUACGAUCGCAGGGAGCAAGCUCGGGAGGGCCGCUUCCAGGCGCAGAGGGCGCCCGGCGUGUAUAGUGAGAGGGUUCAGAGUGGUGGCCAGGGUUAUGGGACUAUUGUUCAGCCGGCUGGGUAUUAA